GCUCCCGUGUUGCUGCAGGCAUGGUUGGAUUAGACCCUGGUCUCAAAAUAAGAACAAUGCUGUAAAACAGGUAUUUUUGUGAACCUGUAUUUCUCACGUCCAACACGCAAACCUGUGGUCAUGGCUCAGAGGGAACUGAAGGAAGCGUUUGUCAGUAAUCUCAAUGGGACCAGCCUGGAGGAGGUGGCACUGGGCUCGUUUCUCUCACCGGUGUGUCUUAUCAACAGAGGGCUCAUUAUGAUCCUCUACUAUCAGGCCAAAGGGACUCUGCCGCUGCCACUUCCACUGAUUUCUCACCUGCUUCUAGACUUCUCUGUGGUUGUUCUUCCUCUCGUUGUGUCCUGCACUGUUCUGAGCAGCGCCCUUGUCCAGGUCAUCACGAGCCUCUUCUUCGCUGCAGCUUGUAUGUUUUGCUACGUCUACAGCACCAGCAGUCGUCCUCCUGCUCGGCACCCGCAAAACACCAUCAGCACCUUCCUUCAGAGUCACGUUCAGUUCGACCAGGUUCCCUUUGUGACCCUUUUUAGAGUGUUUGUAAAUGUGAAAACAAGCAUCAGCAUCCUCGCCGUAGACUUUAGUGUCUUCCCGAGGCGAUAUGCUAAGACGGAGACCUACGGGACAGGGGUGAUGGACUUUGGAGUCGGAGCAUAUGUCUUUGCAAAUGCUCUCGUCAGUCCUGAAGCCCGGAGGAAGAACAUCUCAGGAUCCAGGAUAAGUCAUAUCACAAAACAGGUCUUGUCUGUGUGGCCCCUGGUUGCUCUUGGGAUGGGAAGACUAAUUAGUGUCAAAAUGUCCGGCUACCACGAGCAUGUGACAGAAUAUGGUGUCCACUGGAAUUUCUUCUUCACGCUGGCCAUCGUCAGGAUUGUGGCUUCUAUACUUCUGACUGUUUUACCAGCCAAGCAGCUGUGGGUCUUUGCCCUUCUGAUGAGUGGAUUUUAUCAGUUCGCUCUGGAGACGUCUGAGCUGAAGGCUUUUAUUAUCCACAACAACGACAGAGAACAGGACUUCCUGCAUGCUAACAAGGAGGGACUGUUCUCUGUAGUGGGCUAUGUAGCCAUCUACCUGAUGGGAGUUCAGAUCGGACUCUAUGUGAUGCAGCCAAGAUCUCAAGUUAGAGAGUGGCUCAAAGCACUCUGUACCCUCCUAUUGGGAAGUUUUGUCCUGUAUGCUGUCGUGUGCACAAGUCAGACCCUCUUGGAGCCAGUGUCUCGCCGCUUAGCCAAUCUACCGUUCUGCCUUUGGACUGUUGCUCAGUCUUUGUUGUUUAUGUCCGGCCUUGGUUUAGCCGAUAUGGUUUUACUGUUUUCCAAAAAAACAGCUGGUUGUUACUUUGUGCCCUCAUCGUGGAAUUUGUGUGAAAAACAAUCAGACUCUGACAAAGUGUCUGACAAAAAGAGGGGAGAAGUAGAAAGACUGUGCCUCAUUCAAGCUGUCAGCAGGAAUCAGUUGCUGUUUUUCUUGCUGGCAAACGUCAUGACAGGACUGACCAACUCGGUGGUGGACACGCUCAACUGCAGCAGUUCGUUUUCAGUGUGUGUUUUGCUGUUGUACAUGUUCAUGAAUUGCUUUGUAAUAUAUGUUUUACAUCUCUGUGGAAUUACAGUCAAAUUCUGGUGAGGAAAAAAAAGCAUUUAUGAAACUACGAGGUUAAAGUUUGUAUUUUAAAGGGAAUUUGGGGGGAAUGGAGUGACAGAACGUGAUAUUCAGGACAAUUACAAACAUUGUGAACAUUUAAUGUUAUAAGAAGUGAUCUGUAAUGCUAAUCAAACUGUGUUACAUGAUGUUUAUUUAUUCCAAUGAAUACCUGUAUUAUACGUGAACAUGUGCAUGAACAAGUGAGAUUCAAUCGUUUUGUUUUUAACAGUCUAGCCUUUGCUGCUAAUUAAUACGCUCUGCUUAUGUUUGAUCAGACUACAGUUUGAUGGAUCAAUCAACAAAUUUUACAAAGCACUUUUCAAAUGAGGUUUAUGUGCUUUACAAGUGGCAAAACAUGGGAUGUUAAAGGGCAAAAUAUCAGCCUGGGCACCUGAGGCUAUAGCGCUGUAUGUUUUGUUGUUGCUGUUUUAUCUGUCAUUCCGAUGAUGCAUUAAACCGCUCAAAAAAAUAAGAAGAUAUUGUUGAUCAAAAA